AUGGCGGAGCAAUCCACCGUCGUGGAGGUGAAUUUUCUGGAUCGGCAGCUGAACAUCUCGGUGACGACGGGAGAUGGUGAGGAUUCGCCGGCAAAGGAGACUUUGCAUAUUACCGAGGAGGAUGAAAGGUCCUUGAACUUGGCUGCCUUGGCGCAGAAAGUGGCGGAAAGCUCUCAGCUAGGCGUGCUGCCCGAGCAGCUCAUGGAGCCACUGCGGGAGCUCCGCGUGGCCGGCGGCCGUGCGACAGGCGCCGUGGAGGAAGCGCCAGAUUUUGAUGAGCAGAGAUCAGAUGAGCCCGCGCAUUGCCCAGUGGAGAAGACCAUCUACCUCCGCACUCUGGGUGGGGAGAGCUAUGGACCCUUCAGCUCAGCCACUACACAUACCGUUGGGCAGCUGAAGUCGAAAGUGUCUGAGCAGCUGCAGUGCCCACUGCGCCAGCAGAGACUGGCUUAUGGCCAAGAGCUCUUGCCGGACGGUCGGAGGCUGGAUGAGAUCGGAGGAGGUCAGACAGUAAUUGAAUUGCAACUGAUGCUUCUGAGCUCGGAGAAGUGUCGCGUCGCAGGGCGCCUGCGGCCCAUGGCCCCGUGGGAGCUGCAACAUGAGAUGGAGGCGAUUUGGGAGGCAGAUCAGCAGGAGGCCCGUGUGUGGAUGAGGGAUGGCUCGAAGGAUGAUGCGAUAAGCCUCGAUUUCGCUUUCGGCCCUGGUGCUCAAAAUGAAGAUAUUUUUUGCUUGGUAGCUGAUUUGCCUCAGAAGGCUUUGGAAGGCUUUAGCUCUGCCGUGCUGGCCUUGGGUGCGCGGAAGACUGGCAAGAGCUUCUCGUUGAAUGCCCUGGAGCCAUCAGAAGGCCUUCUCCCAAGGAUGAGCCAAGAGCUGUUUGAAAGAGCGGAUGACUCGGUGGUCAUAGGCGUGUCUUUCAUGAGUCUCUACCACGAGGACUUCAGGGACCUCUUGAGCCCGCACACGCCUGGCACACCUGGUCGUAACCUCAACCUGCGGGAGUCUCAGACCCGUGGCAUCUACGUGCAAGGUCUUUCCACCCGAGAGGUGAAGUCCCACGAGGAGCUCUUGCACUUCUUGACCAUGGGCCGCACUCAACUCGUGAUGGAUUGCACCAAUAUGGAGCUUGACAGCUCAGAGGUGACCAUGAUCUUCACGAUCUACGUUGCACAUUUGUCAGGAGCUGAUGCAAGCCUUGCUCAGAUCCAGGUAGUUGAGCUGGCGGAUAGUAAUAGCAAUGCCCAAAGAUGGCAUGUGGCUGCGCCAAGUGCAGGCGCGGCACGAUUGCGUGACCGACUGCAAGCGUCCAUGAGGACGCUGCAGGAUGUGGUCAGUAUGCUGACGAGGAAGGACCAGCGCCGCCCAAUCCCUUACCGCAACAGUAAGCUCACGCGAUUGCUGCAGAGCUCUCUUGGGGGCGGUCAUUUGCUGCGGAUUUUGGCCACUGCCAGCCCAGCUGACCAGGAGCAGACUGAAAAGACUUUGCGGUUUGCCUCGGAACUACGGCAGCUGUUCAACUAUCCGAAGGUGUCCGGAGUUGGGACUUCACUGAGACCGGGCCACUGGAUGCCUUCGCCCAGGCGGUGGAACGGGAAAUGCAUGUUGCAUCGCCAGAGGUGA